UACGUUUGUUACAAACACUCCAUUAUCCUCAAUUGACUUGCAUGUUGAUUCGCUUUAUUUCCAUCUAUAUAGAGAACUGGGAAUUACGAAAUGACCAUGUCGAAAAUAGUGAUAUUCGGAGGAACUGGGAUGACCGGAACCUGCGCUGUUCGGUAUGCAUUGGAAAAAGGUCUGAAAGUGCGGCUGAUGGUGCGUAAUGAGAUAACAGUUCCGGAGGAAUUUAAAAAUAUGGUGGAGCUGGUGCAGGGUGACGUCGUGAAUGCGAACGAGGUGGAGAAUGCAGUUAAAGACCAGGAGCUGGUUUGUGUCGUACUAGGGACAAGAAACGAUCUGAAACCCACCACUGUGAUGUCCGUCGGCAUGAUGAACAUCCGGAAAGCCAUGGAGAAGUACAAUUUGCUGAAAGUAUCGGUGUGCCUUUCGUCUUUCCUGUUUUUCGAGCCCGGCAAAGUGCCAAAAAUGUUUACCGAUCUUAACAUUGAGCACCAGCGGAUGUUGGAUAUACUGAAAGCGUCGUCGCUAGAGUUUCGCGCAAUUUUGCCUCCGCACAUUGCAGAUGAACCUUCUGGGGAAUUCGCUCUAGCUUAUGACAAGCCUCCGAAUCUUUCCAGAACUAUCAGUAAAAUUGACCUUGGAAUGUUUCUGAUCGAUUCUUUGUUUGACGACAAACAUGCUAAACAAGUUAUUGGAAUUUGCACAAAACCUUGAAUGAUCGUAAUAAAAAAUACGCGUGUUGUUAUUAUUCUAAA